GCCUGUGCUGCAGCCAGGCAGGCUCUUCAAAUUAGCGCCACUCGAAAGAAGAGGUUGGAGGUGUUCAAUCAGCAAGCGUUUCUGAUUCUCUCUCAAUCGCUCCCACAGCCUUCUCCUGCUUCGUCGGAGCCGGAGUUGGCGCCUUCUAGGUCUACUGAACGCUCCAAUUCACGAACAUGCCUGUCGUCGGCGUUCUAGCUUUGCAGGGAUCUUUUAACGAGCACAUCGCAGCUUUGAGAAGGCUCGGAGUGAAGGGCGUAGAGAUAAGGAAGCCUGAGCAGCUUCUUAAUGUAGCUUCUCUGAUUAUUCCUGGUGGAGAAAGCACCACCAUGGCCAAACUUGCGGAUCUCCAUAACUUGUUUCCUGCUUUGCGUGAGUUCGUUAGAAUGGGGAAGCCCGUGUGGGGCACCUGUGCAGGGCUCAUCUUUUUGGCAAACAAGGCUACUGGACAGAAAACCGGUGGACAGGAACUUGUUGGUGGGCUGGAUUGUACUGUUCAUAGAAACUUCUUUGGAAGUCAGCUUCAAAGCUUUGAGGCAGAGCUGUCGAUACCAGAGCUAGUGUCUACUGAAGGUGGUCCGGAAACAUUUCGUGGAGUUUUCAUCCGAGCUCCUGCAAUUCUUGAAGUGGGAUCAGACGUCCAAGUGCUGGCUCACUGCCCUGUCUCUUCAAACUCUUCCUUGCAUUCAGAUUCCUCUGGUGAAGGCAAAGAGGAAGAAGGUUCAGAAAGUAAAGUGAUUGUAGCAGUGAGGCAAGGGAACUUACUCGCAACAGCCUUCCAUCCUGAAUUAACAUCGGAUAACAGAUGGCACAGUUACUUCCUAAAGAUGGCUGGCGAUGUUGAAGAAUCCUCAACUAGCACAGCAGCAGACAUAGUAGAUAACGAUUCGAGAUUCGAAAAACCAAAGAUCGACCUUCCGAUUUUUCUUUAGCUUAAACCAAAUGAACCCCUCCUUCCUCCUCAACCCACACUUACCUUUUCAAGUUUCAUUCUAGGUUUAAUCUAUCCAUUUCACAAUUUGGACCAUGAUUUAUGUUCCUAGGAUUCUUCUGUUGUAUUAAUUUGUUUAUGACACGUUUGAUGUUCCUUAUGUCAUGUUACA